AUGUCAUUCUCUUCGAUUAAGAAUAUGUUGGAAAUCAUCCACCCUACUAUCAAAGAUGGCUGGUUCCAUGAGAUCUCCGAGAUGUGGCCUGGCCAGGCCAUGACUCUCAAAGUCAAGAAGAUCCUCCACCACGAGAAGUCUAAGUAUCAGGAUAUCUUGAUAUUUGAAUCCACCAACUAUGGUGUUGUCCUCGUUCUCGAUAAUGUCAUCCAAUGCACGCAGCGUGAUGAGUUCGCAUACCAGGAGAUGAUUACACACUUGGCUCUAAAUAGCCACCCUAAUCCAAAGAAAGUCUUGGUUAUUGGUGGUGGUGAUGGGGGUGUGUUGCGCGAGGUUCUUAAGCACGAUUGCAUCGAGGAGGCUAUUUUGUGUGAUAUUGAUGAGGCUAUUAUCCGCCUCUCUAAGCAAUACCUCGUUGGCAUGUCCGUCUCAUAUAGACACCCCAAAGUCAAGGUCUACGUCAGAGACGGCUUUAGGUUCCUCGAAAGCUAUAAGGACGAGUUUGAUGUUAUUAUCACCGAUUCUUCUGACCCUGAGGGGCCAGCUGAGAGCUUGUUCCAGAAGCCAUACUUUAAGCUUCUUUUCGAAGCUCUGAAGGAGGGUGGCAUUAUUGCUACACAAGAAUAUUAA